AUAUAAAUUAAAUUCCACUUCCACCUUCACUCAUCUCUUGUUUCUUUCCACCCCUUUUUUUCUUUUUCUACUUUUUCCCCCAUUCUUUGAUUCUUUAGCUUUAAUUUUCCUUGGCAUUAUCUAUCUUUUUCACCUCAUAGAUUCACUAAAGUUUCAAUCUUUAUUCUUUCUUGUUCAUCAAUUUGUCAUCUUUGAUUCAUUUCUUGAAACCCCAUUUGAGUAAGAAGAAAGAAAAGGGGUUUAGAGAGGGUUUUAGUAGCUAUGGAAGCUCCAAAAGUUGAAGAGAUUAGCCAUCCUCCAAUGGACCAGCUUCAAGGAUUGGAGUAUUGUAUUGAUUCUAAUCCUUCAUGGGGGGAAGCAAUAGCUUUGGGUUUCCAGCAUUAUAUAUUGGCUUUAGGGACUGCAGUGAUGAUCCCUACAUUUCUUGUUCCUUUGAUGGGUGGAUCUGAUAAUGAUAAAGUGAGGGUGAUACAAACUUUGCUUUUUGUUGGAGGAAUUAAUACACUCAUACAAACGCUUUUCGGAACUCGAUUACCUACUGUCAUUGGAGGUUCUUGGGCAUUCAUGGUCCCCAUAAUGUCAAUUAUUCAUGACAGAUCCUUAACGGCAAUACUUGAUCCUCACGUGCGGUUUCUUAGUACCAUGAGAGCAAUACAAGGUGCUCUAAUAGUAGGAUCAAGCGUGCAGAUAAUUUUGGGUUAUAGUCAGCUCUGGGCUAUAUUUUCCAGAUUUUUCAGUCCACUUGGGAUGGUUCCUGUGGUGGCAUUGGUUGGUUUUGGUUUGUUCGACAGAGGCUUUCCUGUGGUUGGACAAUGUGUGGAAAUAGGUGUUCCAAUGCUUAUCCUAUUUGUUGCCUUCUCCCAGUACCUGAAACACUUUCAGACAAAGCAAGUCCCGAUAUUGGAGCGAUUUGCUCUUCUUAUAUCAGUAGCACUUAUAUGGGCAUAUGCACACCUACUGACAGCCAGCGGUGCAUACAAACAUCAUCCAGAGGAAACUCAAAUGCACUGCCGCACUGAUAAAGCCAAUCUCAUUUCUGCUGCUCCAUGGAUAAAAAUUCCUUACCCACUUCAGUGGGGUGCUCCUACUUUUGAUGCUGGCCAUGCUUUCGGAAUGAUGGCUGCUGUGAUAGUCUCCCUCAUAGAGUCAACAGGAGCAUAUAAGGCAGCUUCUCGUCUGGCAAGUGCUACACCACCUCCAGCUCACGUUCUCAGUCGUGGGAUUGGAUGGCAGGGAAUUGGAAUCCUUUUGGAUGGACUCUUCGGAACACUCACCGGUUCUACUGUCUCUGUGGAAAACGUUGGCCUCCUCGGGAGUACAAGAGUUGGUAGUCGCAGAGUUAUUCAAAUAUCAGCUGGCUUUAUGAUAUUCUUUGCUAUAUUAGGUAAAUUUGGGGCCCUGUUUGCAUCGAUACCCUUCACAAUAUUCGCUGCUAUAUACUGCGUCUUAUUUGGCCUAGUCGCUUCAGUGGGAUUGUCAUUUUUACAAUUCACAAACAUGAACUCUAUGAGAAGCUUGUUCAUUGUUGGUGUGUCCUUCUACCUCGGGUUGUCUAUACCCGAGUACUUCAGGCAGUACACAGCCGGUGCUCUUCAUGGUCCUUCGCACACCAAUGCUGAAUGGUUCAAUGAUUUUCUCAACACGAUAUUCGGAUCAUCACCAACUGUUGCCUUGAUCGUCGCUGUGUUCCUUGACAACACACUCGAGUUCAAAGAAAGUGCGAAGGACAGAGGAAUGUCUUGGUGGGCGAAAUUCAGAAGUUUCAAAGGUGACAGUCGCAAUGAAGAGUUUUACACUCUUCCUUUCAAUCUCAACCGCUUCUUUCCUCCCUCGUAAGUGAUUAAGAAUCGAGACUGAUGUCGAAAACCAAGUCUGAAAAUACAAGCAAGUACCACUGAGGAUGUCAUUAGCGCAAUAUGUUUGCAAAGAGGAGUGACAGUAGAGAUGGCCUGUUUGAAUGAGUGAAUGUUAUCUCUAUCACUCUUUUUUCUUAGUAGGAUUUCAUUUAUUUUUAGCUCAAGUUAUUAGGUUUAUCAAAAUAAAGCGGUGAUUUUUUAAUUUGUUUUUUCUUAUA